AUGUCUGGCAAGCAUCAAGCAACCGUUCUCGCUCAGAAAGGAGGGCCGAUUUCUAUUCAAGAGCGAACGACGCCAAAACCUGGCAGUGGAGAGUACCUCGUCGAAGUGAAGGCCGUGGCCUUCAACCCUAUCGACUACUAUCAGCGUGACUUUGGUCUCCCACCAAUCAAUCAAUAUCCAACAGUUCUAGGCGGUGACGUAGCUGGUACAAUCGCCGCCGCUGGUUCCCGAGUCGAGAACCCUCUGCCACAGGGCUCCCGCGUCCUGGCCGGUGCUUCAGCCUUCUUCCACAAUAAUGAUCCCGAUUAUGGAGCCUUUCAGCGAUAUGUCCUGGUACCAUGGCAGCUCGUUACCGCAUUACCUGACAAGAUGUCUUUCGAAGAAGGCGCCGUGAUGCCUCUUGCUGUCAUGACCGCCUUGACAGCGUACACCUGCGUCGACAUACCGCUCGACACUAGGUUCACAGCUCAAGAUAAACAGGGAUAUCUGGUCUGGGGUGCCUCAAGCAGUGUAGGCACAUACGCAGUCCAGGUUGCGAAGAGCAAAGGCUACACUGUCUAUGCCACAGCCAGUGCAAAGCACCACGACUACAUCAAAGGUCUUGGUGCCGACCACGUCUUCGCUUACCAGGACAAAGACGUCGUGGAUCAGAUCACCUCAGCCGUGAAGAAGGAUGAUAUCACCCUCACCACCGCGCAAUGCGUCGUGACUGGCAGCUUGGAACCAGUGCUAGCUAUCCUAAAAGCCACAAAAGGCGAUGGCCAUGCCAAAGUCACGCACACACCAGUGCUCCCCCCAGAUCAUCCAACGCUCGAGAACACAACCAUUAAGUUCAACUUCCCACCAAUAGAGCAGCCGGCACAGAAUGAUCACUAUAGGAAGUGCUUCCAGGAGUGGUUGGCGCCGGGUCUGAGAGAUGGGACGGUCGUGUCUAGUCCUCCUGUACAGCAUGAGGGGAAUGGGCUCGAGGCGAUUGACAAGGCUAUUGAUGCUAUGAGAUCGGGCGUCAGCUGCAAGAAGAUUGUGGUGACUUUGUGA